AUGCUCUUCAGUUUUAUUCUGUGUUGGCUCAUUGGCCUCCUCAAGGGCAUGCUUUUUACCUUUGUCCUUUUUUACGUCCACGACGGCCCGCUCAUCGCGCAGCCUGGUCCCGCCCCGAUGAUUGGAUGGACCGGAUGGCUAAGACUGUUUUACGCGGCGUACAUCCUUUUGGUUUUCUUCAUAUUGCACUUCGAACCCUUGAGUACGGAUGCGGCAACACAAACAAAAGCCGAUACUGCGGUCCAUACUUCCACCCAGACUGAUGAAAUACCCCUUGGAGUAGUAGUAAGGGACGCCAUGGGCGACACUCUUUUACCCGGAAUUGCUAGGCUUUUGGAUACGCGACUGGCGCCACCACCACAAGGAGAAGGGGAGCAGCAAGACGAUGGAUCUGAAGUGGAGGCUGUACUACAUUGGUUGGCCGACUUAGGGCCCGACCCAGACCAAGAUGAUGACAAUCAGGACUAUCCUGCAAUUCCAAAUGGCUGGCACUAG